AUGCCUGAUUUUCCAAGACGCAGUUCUAAUGAUGAUUUCCAGUCUCUGGUUCAAAAGGAGGUAGCCGAUUCCAUGGCUUCGGGUUCGAGUCAGAUAUAUUCGCAUUCGGAAGUCGGCCAAGCGCGGUCAUUGCACGCGUGCUGAACAAGAAUGCCGUAUAAUGACAGACUAGAAACAAUAGACAACUCCCAAAGCACAAACUCAGCCAAAACGCUAAAAAUCUUCAAUGUUUACUCAAGUUUGGGCUUAUAGAAGAUAAUGUCACAGUUUUUCAAUGACCAUGAAAUUCGGAGUCCGGGUAGUUAGUUAAUCAACUGUGGCCCUAAAAAAAUUUGAAGGAAAAAAAACUACGAAUUUUUAAGAAAAUGCUUUUUUCGUGAGAAGGACUCUUAAACGCUGACAAACGUCAACAAAUAGCGAAAACUAUAAUUUCUAUAUGUUUACUUCGCUCGAAAUCGCGCGCAUUUACAAGGCCCUAAAGCGUUUUGCUGACUUGCAAGGACCCAUCUGUUAUAACGAUGCCCAAAAUAAAGAGAUGAAUCUCAUAGUUUAUUAGAUAUAAUCCGUAUAAAGUUUGCUUAUCAUUUUCGCAUAAAUUAUGACCUAAAUUUGGAAACCGCUGAAUUUCUCGAAUUGGGUCUUUGCGAUUUUGGUGAAACUCUGUUCAGCGCAAGGCACUAAUGCGCACUAUGUGUAGCCGAGAGAUUUUCACGAAAAAAUGCCGGCAACAGCAGAUUUUCGACUCAGACCUCAAAUGGGCGUGGCAUUAUAACCACGUGACAUUUACUCCGAUCGCCAAAAAUUUUAUGUUAUAUUGUAGAUUGAUCUAUAUGUUAUCGAUUCUAUGUGUUAGACUUACGAUAAAAGUAAAGGUGGGGAUACCAGAGAGCUUCAAAGUAGGAUGGUACCCCCCCAAAAAAACUGGGUCGAGUUACCUUAAACGUGCUAGGCGCGAUCGUUACGUUUUUAAAAGUAAAGGCAAUGAGAAGCAGUUCGAGCACGCUGAAUCGGUUUUGGAAAAGGUCGAAGGUGCGACGGAUGCCCUAAGCGUCAACGCCAUUUCCAAGGCAAAGAUCACAGCCAUCGAAGAAGGUAUUGCAUUAGUCUCUAAAAGAAUGAAGCUUAUAAAGAUCGCAGAUAAAAGUCAAUACAGUUGGGCGACUGUGCAGGAUGUCUUUCGGACGGGUUGGCUUCUGACUCGAUGA